CUGGGUCACGGCUCUAUUCCGUCCAUUAAUAAUAUCAGAGUCAGAGCAGACACACUGAGGACUGAAGCAGAAGGGGAUCACCUAUUUUUCAAUCUGCAGCGCAGCAAUAAUGUGACAUACACGUUCGCCUUUUUACGCACGUUUUUGUUCGUCUUUUACGCACCGUUUAUUUUUUAUACAGGUGCCUUUGUCUCGGUCAUCUCUGCUGGCUCACUGGUCUCUGGCUCCAGUUUAUUACCACCACCACCAUCAUCAUCCAUCUGCACAGGCGGCUGCGGCUUGUUGGUAAACACGCAUCGGAUCCCGUCGGCAAGGACUCUCCCCCCACACCUCUGGUGCAUUGAUGCACCCGUUUCAGUGGUGUAACGGGUGCUUCUGUGGUCUGGGACUGGUUUACACCAACAAGUCGUGCACCAUGCCGCCCAUCACCUUCCAGGACCUGCCUCUGAACAUCUACAUGGUCAUCUUCGGGACGGGCAUCUUUGUCUUCAUCCUGAGCCUCAUCUUCUGCUGUUACUUCAUCAGCAAACUACGACACCAAGCCCAGAGUGAGCGGUUUGGAUACAGGGAGGUAGUUUUAAAAGGAGAUCCAAAAAAGCUGAAUCUUCACGGGCAGACAUGCGCCGUGUGUUUGGAGGACUUCAAAGUGAAAGACGAGCUGGGAGUGUUGCCAUGCCAACAUGCUUUCCACAGGAGGUGUCUGGUGAAGUGGCUGGAGGUUCGCUGCGUCUGCCCCAUGUGCAACAAACCCAUAGCCGGCCCCCCCGAGCAGCACCACAGCAUAGGCACUCUGCUGGAUGAACUGGUUUAACCUCUCAACACCUCCCCAGCCUGGGUGGUGGUGGUGGUGGGGGGGGGCACACUGGACCCUGGUCAAACCAGCCGGUAUAAGUUAAAGACCAAAAGGGAAGAGGGACACAGUUUUGCCUUUAAAACGAAGCAGAACACCAACAGGAUGAUACUAAGUUGGGGUAACCUAGUUACCAUCCGGAGGAAGACUCUGAAGGAUGCUGUUGCAUAGCAACCAUCAGAGAUGGCAACACGACACCUUGUGGUGUCUGAGAGAUUAUCUCCAGCCGCCCACACAUCACUCCAUCACUCUUCUUUUCAACAUCCCCCUCUCCACCCAAUCCUUCACAUCUCCUCCUGCCGCCUCGAGUGAGGUUAAUUGGACCACUGCAGCGGAGAAGACCCAGUUGUGUUUUUCACAGCGAUGUGGACGAAUCGUUGUUGACGGAUGAAAGCGUCUGAAAGGAGGGUCCCCUGUGAGCAUGUCUGAUUGUUUGUAUGUGAGGGUGGGCACUGAUAUGGAGUAAUAUCAGUAUUAGUGGGUGACAUUAUUGAAAUUCUUGGAUCCUAAAUUAUCUCAGAUAAGAAAUUAUGAGAGAAAAAAUUAAUUUCUGCUCAGCAUCCUAGAUUGAAGUGAAACCAUAGACAUGGUUGAUUAAAUCUGCUUUCAAGGAAAUAAGAUUAUAAAUUGAAGUCACAAGGGAAAAAUGAUGGAAAAGGUGGAUUCAGGCCUCAUCAGUCAGAACUAAAUUAUUCAUACACUCCCAGAAGAAGCUGCAGGAAAUUACUAAGUGUUUUUUAUCAAGUCUUCUCACAAUGCAACUGAUCCUGCUGAUUUUCAUGUUGAAGUGUAAAAUCCAUACGGGUGCCCACCUCUGCCGUGAUAGCAUGUAUGUUCCUCAUACUGUACAUGCUCCAGUUGCUUUGAUUCCACUGGGAUGUUUUAUUGUUCAUGUUUUAUUGUGUUAAUAUAAAUGGAAGGAACUCACUCCUCCUGCCUCUCACUGUAACACUUUGAUUCUUUGUUAGAAAAUGUUUUUUUUAGAUAUUGCACUUUGAAUUGUUAAAAAAAAUGAUUCUAUGCGUCUGUCUAAUAUUUUAGACAAAGGCUCGGACACAACACAGCAGGUCCCUGUUUUCAGGUGUGGUGAAUCUUUUAUAUAUGUCUAUGAAGUACCAGGGAUGCUGCUUCAGCUAAAGAAAAGGGAAGCAGCCGUGCAGACCUGAGGUUGUUCUGUGAAUUCAUCUGGAAGCAAACAAAAUGUCACUUUCAUACAUGGGACGUUUGUGGCAUUAUUUCUCGUGAUUCUGUUUUACAUGCCUUGGUUGUGUUUUCUGUUAUUUACAAUGAUUAAUAAAGCAAGACACUGCCAAAAUUGAGCACAAAACUCACAAAGCACAUUUUACAGUAGGCACUUGUACUGUAAUCACACACACACACACACACACACACACACACACACACACACACACACACACACACACACAGUUGACUCUGUUGAAUUCACAUCCGUGUGCCAAGAAAAUAAAAAUA